AUGGCGCUGAAAAAUGUAGCCUCUUUGACGAAAGGCAUGUUCGCCAAGGUUCCAGCUGCACAGCUUGCCAUUACUAGCACUCCACCAAACACUGUGCAGAAGAGAAGCACCUACAAGUACGUUGGAUUGCCCGCCGAAAGUGACGGAACGUUCGCCGGUGAUUUGAACUAUGGUCUUAACACGGUUUUCUUCACCGAGCUUUUUCGAGGAUUCGGUGUGAUGCUUGGCCACGUGUUCAUGGAACCCGCCACCAUCAACUAUCCGUUCGAGAAGGGACCAUUGAGCUCGAGAUUCCGUGGGGAGCACGCGCUUCGCCGCUAUCCAUCCGGUGAGGAGCGCUGCAUCGCUUGCAAGCUCUGCGAGGCGAUCUGCCCAGCUCAGGCGAUCACCAUCGAGGCCGAGCCGCGUCCAGACGGCUCGCGACGUACAACCCGCUACGACAUCGACAUGACCAAGUGCAUUUUUUGCGGCCUCUGCCAGGAGGCGUGUCCAGUCGACGCCAUCGUCGAGGGGCCAAACUUCGAAUACUCAACUGAGACUCACGAGGAGCUGCUCUACAACAAAGAGAAGCUGUUGCUCAAUGGCGAUCGCUGGGAGCCGGAAUUGGCAUCGAACUUGCAAGCCGAAUACCUUUACCGAUAA